CAUAAACCUAAAGAAAAAGGGAAAUCCAACUGUGCUAUAGAGUCCCCCCUCUCCCUCGCCGCACAACAUAUAUUAAAACAUACUCUCUUUCUUCACACUCUCUCUCUCAACACUUUUCCAAUCAAUUCCCAAACCAUGCUUCCUUUCCCUUAACCCCCUUUUCCCCAUUUUCUCUCUCCUCAAAAACCACCCCCAAAAUUCUCUCUCUCUUCCUUCAAACCCCCCAAAAAUGGAGAAUUUUCCUUCGUAUUCCUACCCAGAUUCCGGCGAUUCUUCUCCUCGUUCCCGUGAAAUCGACUUCGAGAAUCCUCCGCCGUCAUGGGAGGAGCAGCAGCAGCAACCGCCGCAAUCUUCACUCAACCACAAGGUCAAAUUCAUGGUCAGUUAUGGCGGCAGAAUUCAACCUCGUUCUCACGAUAAUCUCCUCGCUUACGUCGGCGGCGAAACCAAAAUUCUUGCCGUCGAUCGAUCGAUUAAAUUCUCGUCGUUGUAUUCCAAGCUUUCUUCGACUCUCGCAUCGGAUUCCGCCGUAAACGACGCCGUUUCCGGUGGUUUCAUCUUCAAAUACCAGCUUCCUGGUGAAGAACUCGACGCUUUGAUUUCCGUCACAAACGACGACGAUUUGGAGAAUAUGAUGCAUGAAUACGAUCGACUUUAUCGCGGUUCAACUAAACCGGCUCGAUUAAGGAUUUUCCUCUUUCCGAUUCAUAAAUCUGGUUCGUUUGGAUCUACUUCGUCGGAUCCUGGUAAGAUCGACCGUGAAUCCGACCGGUUCGUCGAGGCUUUGAAUUCCGGUCCAUCGCCGCCGCCUCCGACGGCAGUCAACAGUAAUAUGGAUUUCUUAUUCGGUUUAGAUAAAGGCCCAGCGCAAAUUCCGGUGCCGGUUCAAGCCCCGGUUCAGAUUCCGGCACCGGUUCAACAACGGCAUGAACCGGAUCCACAAAUUGAAGCCCGGAUUCAGGAGAUGAACCGGAUGCAGAUCUCAGUUCAGGAGAUGAAUCGGCAGAAAAGCGAGGAAGUAAACUAUGCUACAACUGCUCCGGCGAAUAUUCCGGCGUCUGUUCAAAUUCCGGCGGGUUACUGGCAACCUCCGCCCCCUCCUCAACCGGUCAACGUCGAACAACAACCACCGCAACAACAACCGAUGCCACCUCAGCACCAUCAACAACAACAAUUCCAUCACCAACAACAGCAGCAACAACACCAACAACACCAGCAGUUUCAUCCUCAACAACAGCAACAGCAACACCCACAACAACAGCCGGUAUACAUGGUUCACGCGCCACCACCAGGGAAUGUAUACCACGCGCCGAUGAUGCGACCGGUAACCGGACAACCAAAUCAAGGGUACUACCAGAUGCAAAGAGUACCAUCAGAUCAGGUUUACCGGGAGCAGCAGGUGUACAACAUGGGGUCAGGGAAGAUGGGAGGAGGGUAUUCAGAAGGGAUGGGGUUACCGGCUAGACCGGUAGCAGGUAUGGGGGCGGAAAAUCAGGGGUAUACGCAAGUGGCGUACGAUAACGGAAGUGGGAGACAGGUGUACUAUGCUGCGCCGCCGGGAAGUGCGGGAGUUGUAACGACGCCGUUUCAGGGAGUUCCGGUAAAUGGGAGUGGUGAAAUGAGACCGGUAACUGCUCCACCAGGUUUAACCAGUGUUCCUGCUGAGGGUAAUAAGGGAAUUCAGAAAGUUGUGUCUAAUUCUAAUGUGUGAUUUUUAUUUUUAUUUUUUAUUUUUCAAGAUAAUAAUUAUUAUUAUGAUGAAAAAAAAUAUGGGAGAUAUUACUCCAAUAGAUGUAUUAUUAUUAUUUUUUAUUAUUUUUUUGGUGUUUUUUAUUUUAUUUUUGUUUGAGUAAUAAUGUGACAUUUGAUACUCUAUAUUAGCAGUAAUUAUUGUUCAUUUUACUCA